CUUGUCACUUGGGUUAUUUCUGCUAUCUGUCGCUAUCGUUGGUGCAGUGCUAACAGUUUGGCAGAUGGGACAAUUUUUCUUGGAGUUUAUGUCUUUGAUUUUUAACUUCUGGCAGUGCCUGAAUUGUUGUUGUUGUUGUCUCCCUCUCCCUUCCUGCCCUUCUGUUAAACCAUGGCCCAUCGGCUGCGGUUUCAUUUUGGCUCUGGUCGAAGCAACACAGCCCCUGAAUCAGAGAUCCUAGAUCGAGAGAGAGAAGACGACUUUUUUAUGGCAUUCCACACUUUGCCAAGGAGAAACAGUCCUCACCCAUUCUCUCAAAAUGGAGCAGAGUAUGGUGGCGGUAGCCUACAAGAAGUGGGACCCCUCAAACGAAGCACGUCCAUGUUUAUCCCUCAGCUGCUGAAUAACAUUGAUGCCCGUCCAACAAGGAGCUCAUCUGUGCAAAUCUCCCUGCAGCGCAAAGCUGCGAACGGACAUACUGAUGAGUGUGGGGCACCAGAGUCUCUUGAUGAGGACCUUCCCUAUAAAUUUUCAGACCUUAGAGAGAAUUUUACUGCACCAGUAAGUAGACCUUCUUCAUCCCAAAGCAGCUCCCAAGAAACUUCAGAAAGAGAAUCCCCUAAUAAUUCUCCGCCAAGGUUGCUCGAUGAUUUAGGACAACAGAUCAAUGGAUCUAAUACUUGCAGUCACAGAGUGUUUCGUACAGUUCCUUCAGAUAACCAAGAGGAUGCUGUCCCCUCAGUUGUCCAGGAUGUAGAAGGCAAUGAGAAUGCUUCGGGCUUGAACAUAAGCGGAGUAAGAAUUCAGCACCGGGCUUCGAGUGCAGAUAUGCGUCAGGUUAGACUCUUGCCCUUUGGAUCAGAGGUACAGAACAACCCUUCUGCUGCUGAGCCCAGGCGUUGGUCUUUGCAACAUGUGCCAGAUGUAUCUUCUAGCUCUGGGAAAAGAUGUUUUGUUUUCCAGUUGCAGCAACCCCAAACAAGCACUCCAAGCCCUGGUGGUGAUUACAAUUUUGGAUUUACUGGAACAAAGGGGGACAGGUUGGUCAGGUAUCCAAGAAUAAGGCUAGAGAGGAGUACUUCUUAUCCGGUUCAACCUCGACCUGAACGAGUUAGCCCAAUGGAAGACAGAGUGAAUUCAGAACCUCCUAACAAUAGCAGGAAUUGUCCUGAAAUACACAGGAGUAACUCAGUAGAAAGGAUUCCACAGGGUAAGGGCUGUACUUUUAAGAUCAGACAAGAUCAGAAUUCCCGACAACAACACUUUAGAAUUCUUGUCACUCGUGGUCAUGAAGAACCUCACCAGACUCUCGAAGAGAGUAGCUCAGACACACCUGCUCCUACAGCAGCAAGCACUCUGACAAGAGACGACUUCCUUGGACAGGUGGACGUUCCUCUUAGUCAUCUCCCGACUGAAGACCCAACCAUGGAACGGCCCUAUACAUUUAAGGAUUUCCUCCUCCGACCAAGAAGUCAUAAAUCCCGGGUAAAGGGUUUCUUACGAUUGAAAAUGGCAUAUAUGCCAAAGAAUGGAGGACAAGAUGAAGAAAAUAAUGAUCAGAGGGAAGAUUUAGAGCAUGGGUGGGAAGUUGUUGAUUCAAAUGACUCCGCUUCUCAACACCAGGAAGAGCUUCCUCCACCUCCCCUGCCACCUGGUUGGGAAGAGAAAGUCGACAAUUUAGGAAGAACUUACUAUGUCAAUCACAACAACAGGACUACCCAGUGGCACCGACCUAGUUUAAUUGAAAUGUCCUCUGAGUCGGAUAACAACAUCAGACAGAUAAAUCAAGAGGCAGCACAUAGACGUUUCCGUUCCCGACGACAUAUUAGUGAAGAUUUAGAACCUGAACCCGCAGAAGGUGGCGAUGUCUCUGAACCUUGGGAAACCAUUUCAGAGGAAGUGAAUAUAACCGGAGACUCUCUUAGUCUGGUCUUACCACCACCUCCUGCUUCUCCAGUAUCUCGGACCAGUCCUCAAGAACUGUCAGAGGAAUUGAACAGAAGACUUCAGAUCACUCCGGAUUCCAAUGGGGAACAAUUCAGUUCUUUGAUUCAAAGAGAACCUUCUUCAAGACUGAGGUCCUGCAGUGUGACAGAUGCAGUUGCUGAACAAGCUCAUCUACCACCGCAGAGUGCCCCAACUAGGAGAGCCCGUUCGUCAACUGUCACUGGUGGUGAAGAACCAACGCCAUCAGUGGCCUACGUACAUACUACACCGGGCCUCCCUUCAGGCUGGGAAGAAAGGAAAGAUGCUAAGGGACGAACAUACUAUGUCAAUCAUAACAAUCGAACUACAACUUGGACUCGGCCUAUUAUGCAGCUUGCCGAAGAUGGUGCAUCUGGAUCAGCUUCCAACAGUAACAACCAUCUAAGUGAGCCCCAGAUCCGCCGGCCUCGUAGCCUCAGUUCGCCCACAGUAACUUUAUCUGCGCCGCUGGAGGGUGCCAAAGAUUCACCCAUACGUCGAGCUGUGAAGGACACCCUUUCAAAUCCACAAUCCCCACAGCCAUCACCUUACAACUCUCCAAAACCACAGCACAAAGUUACGCAGAGCUUCCUGCCUCCUGGCUGGGAAAUGCGGAUAGCUCCAAAUGGCCGUCCAUUCUUCAUUGAUCAUAACACAAAGACUACCACAUGGGAAGAUCCAAGACUGAAAUUUCCAGUACAUUUACGAUCAAAGGCAUCUUUGAAUCCCAAUGACUUGGGUCCUCUUCCUCCUGGUUGGGAAGAAAGGAUACAUUUGGAUGGCCGAACAUUUUAUAUAGAUCAUAAUAGUAAAAUUACUCAGUGGGAAGAUCCAAGAUUGCAGAAUCCUGCUAUUACUGGUCCAGCUGUUCCUUAUUCCAGAGAGUUUAAGCAGAAAUAUGACUACUUUAGGAAGAAGUUAAAGAAACCAGCUGAUAUUCCAAAUAGGUUUGAAAUGAAGCUCCACAGAAAUAACAUAUUUGAAGAAUCCUAUAGGAGAAUCAUGUCUGUGAAGAGACCUGAUGUGCUCAAAGCCAGGCUGUGGAUUGAAUUUGAGUCCGAAAAAGGCCUUGACUAUGGAGGUGUGGCCAGAGAAUGGUUCUUCUUGUUGUCCAAGGAGAUGUUUAAUCCUUAUUAUGGUCUCUUUGAAUAUUCUGCCACGGACAACUACACACUUCAAAUCAAUCCCAAUUCAGGCCUUUGUAAUGAAGAUCAUCUGUCCUAUUUCACUUUUAUUGGGCGUGUAGCAGGUCUGGCAGUUUUUCAUGGGAAGCUCCUAGAUGGUUUCUUCAUUAGACCAUUUUACAAAAUGAUGCUGGGAAAGCAGAUAACUUUGAAUGACAUGGAGUCGGUGGAUAGUGAAUAUUACAACUCCUUGAAAUGGAUCUUAGAAAAUGAUCCCACUGAACUUGAUCUCAUGUUCUGCAUAGAUGAAGAAAACUUUGGACAGACAUACCAAGUGGACCUGAAGCCAAAUGGGUCAGAAAUAAUGGUGACAAAUGAAAACAAAAGGGAAUAUAUUGACUUAGUCAUCCAGUGGAGAUUUGUUAACAGAGUCCAAAAACAAAUGAAUGCCUUCUUGGAGGGGUUCACAGAACUGCUUCCUAUUGAUUUGAUUAAGAUUUUUGAUGAAAAUGAGUUAGAGCUGCUGAUGUGUGGCCUUGGAGAUGUUGAUGUUAACGACUGGAGACAACAUGCUAUUUACAAGAACGGCUACUGCCCAAAUCACCCCGUCAUUCAGUGGUUCUGGAAGGCCGUAUUGUUGAUGGAUGCUGAGAAGCGUAUCCGGUUACUGCAGUUCGUUACGGGGACAUCCCGCGUGCCUAUGAAUGGAUUUGCUGAACUUUAUGGUUCAAAUGGUCCUCAGCUGUUUACAAUAGAGCAAUGGGGAAGCCCUGAGAAAUUGCCCAGAGCUCACACAUGCUUUAAUCGCCUUGACUUACCUCCGUAUGAAACUUUUGAAGAUUUAAGAGAGAAACUUCUCAUGGCUGUUGAAAAUGCUCAAGGAUUUGAAGGAGUGGAUUAGGCAGCUGCUACUUUUUGGUUGUUGUUCGUCAAGCAAGUUCUUCUUGCCUCUUUGCAUUUGCCUAAUGGACACAUAAGCCACAGUGGCAGAACAGUUGCACAAAGUUGGUUUCUGGAGCAAACUCUUCGACGAUGCAGUUGCCUAAGGGCAGAAGUUGGAACUCUAGCCCAAGGAUAGUAUUUCUGCAUUUUCCACCACAAAUUAUCAACUGGUUGAUGUGUACACUAAUUACAUUUCAGGAGGACUUGUUCUAUUUAUGUUGGGCCUCUGUAGGCAAAGCCCUUAAUAAAUAUUUUACAUACUUUCUAAUGACAAUGAAUGGAAUUAAUCACUCUACAGGUAUAGUAUUACAACUCAUGUUUACUUUUAAAAAAUGAUUUAGACCUAUUUUCAGAUUUUAUUUCAUUACAAUUAAAGAUAUUAUAUACUUGGAAAAAUGAGCAUUUUUUUUGUAUCUGAAUUUCCUACCAGACUUAAUGUCAGUGACCUUUUUAUUUUUUAAGUGCAUUGAAUCUCCCCCUGCCCCACUGUAUUCAAAAUAGAGACCUAAUAUUUGUCCAAAAAUGCUCCCCAGACAAAAACAUUUAGAGAAUUUCAAACAAGUCAUCGAGCAUAAUGAUAUCUUUCCACACCCAGAGAGGCUAAGCACUGACUGGAGAUGACAUUUUUGUACAAAUUUAGCAUCAAAGCUGCAAGACAAGAAAGAAUCAUGACAUAGCAUGAAAAAUUUUGUGUUGACUUAAAAGGAAUCACAGCACUGCUCCUUGGUAGCUAUUCCAAGUAAUCGAAUCCACUUUGAGUCAGGGAGAGACUAGCAUUUCUCCUUUCUGCUGUACAGUGAUGCUUUCAUGCUCUUUCCUCAUUACUGUUCUCUGUAGUGGAGGCUUUUGGAACGAAACCUGGCACUGCUCUCGCUUUGAAAUUGUGUAAACCAGAUCUGUUUUGUCUCCUCUUUGUAUGCAUUUGCUAAUGGUCGCUAAAUAACCACUUUUGUUCUGACUGCACCAAUUCUGAAGGCACUUUAUGUACUACAUGGAAUUCAUAUCUGGUUUGUUGUUUUUUUUUUAUCAUAAGCGUUUUAAUGUGAUGAUUCCUUCUCAUUGCACAUGUCUAUCAAUUGUGAAUUUGGCGGCUGCUGAUGUAUAAAAACCCAGAUGUAAAACUGAGCCCGCGGUCCUCUUCUCACCAAUUGUUUGUGAUUUUUUUUAUACGAUCACAAAGAUUUAUUUAAUAUAUACUUUAUCUAACCAAGUUUUGUUACCUAUGACAUGUUGCAUGCUUAAAAACUAUAUAAUGCCUGAGUUGUAUCUAUUGUGUGAUAGAUUAAAGGUAAAAGAGAAGAUUGGUAUUUGAUCCACUUAAGUUGUUAAUGUAGUAGUAAAAUAGUGUUGAGGGUAUUUAUUUCUUGAGGUCAUUUGAUUACCUUCAGCUUUGUAAGUAAGUCUUCUUCACCCAUGGAGCUGAGCAGUUCCUUUUGUUCUUGAGAGAAUCCUGCUAUGCUCACAGAACUAACUGUGGCCCUUUCUGUACCAGUGAAGCAAUUUUUAACCCUUAUUUCCCACUGCCCUCCCCACUAACUCCCAGAUUUGCCCUCUCAGUUAAUCUCUUGCCAGCAAAGGAUGGGGCAAAAAUUUCUGGGGUCAUGGGGUUUGUAUUUAUUGAGGGCAAGGCAAAGAUAAGAGAGCCCCUUGUGGAGAAACACUGCAGCACUAAGAAAAUGUCAUUUUGCCGGUCUCUGCAAGGCUUGAGAAAGCAUGAGAAAGCUAUUCAGAGCACUACAAUUCCCAGAGAUUUCUGCAGCAGAAAAAUAUGGACUCCCUUUUCCACAUUGGCCUUUGUCUAAAAAGACAAAUCAAAAAAACAACAUUCUGAGUAAUUCACGAGUAGACAAUUUGUGUUUUUUUUUAACCAGUUGGUAAGAAACUUGAUGUUUUUUUUAAAAUAGUAGAUUUGCCUAAUAUCUCACUCCGUUGGUGAAAAUAUCCCUUUUGUGUCACUGUCUUAUUCUAAAAUUAAUUUUAUUUUAAAAACUCAAUCCAAAGGCUAAAUUGUGCAUUGGUUAUUUUUUUGAGAGCUAUUACACAACUAUGGUGCUGUAUGAUCAACCUUUUCCAAGAACCUGGAUUUCUUUUGUUAUUGUUUAACUAUGAUUACCUUUUUUUAUAAUUACUUUUUAAAAGGCUAGAUAACCACCAGAUGCAAAAUAAGCAAAGUAUUAGGAAAAUAAAAACAAUUUUAUGCUGGUGAGAUAAUUUGUUAAGUCUCCAAAAGGUAAAUUAAGAAUAGGAACUCCAAAAGACUUUGAUAUAUACCAUAACAAAUCUCUAGAAGGCAGUAAUUGGAUAAGAAAAAAAUUCAAUUUAGUUCUUUCUAAUAAUAACCUAUUUAUGUUAAUGUUGAAUAAUCCUUUUCUCAAACCAGGUUCUCUGAAUCUCCAAAGGCUACCAUGUUUAGAUUGUUCUCUAUAACAGUCUCAUGCUUGUUUUUCUUAAUCCUCUUCUUGUAAUCUUCAAGAUAGAAUCUCAAAAACAGUGAAGAGAAUUUGUUGCAUGAAAAGUAGAUUCUUUAGUCAAAGCUCUGUGCGUCCAAGUCCACCAUCUUUAUGACAUUAUCUGUAAAGAAAUGCUGUGUUUCCUAUUCGCAGAUUGUCCUUAGCAGCAAAUUUUGCUCAGCAGUCUAUGGUCUUUACAGCCGCUCUUUGUCCCCAAACCAGAGAAGAAGACAUUUGAUUCCAAGUUUCUUGAACUUUCUACAAAAGACAUAGGUCUUGAAGAGACAAUCUUCCAGAAGGUGUUGCAGGUUAAAGAAUUUACUCCAAAGAAUAUAUACUAAUUGUUGAAGCUUCUUUAGCAUCAGUUAUCACGGCUGUCCCAAAAAGUCUUUUGGUAUUUCCAUUCUUGAUCCCUGUGGGCCUGAUUGAAGAGUUUGGAAUUUCCUUCUGCCUGGGAUCAGCUUAGAAGUGUCAGUUUAGGAAUGUGGUGAUGCUUCUUGGACUAGAGAGAUGAUGAGGUAUUUGCUCCAUUUGAAACUGUAUUCAAUUUCAGUGCCUUUUUAAUUUUUUCACUUUAAAUUCUAUGUUAUGAUUCAUUUGCCCUGGUUUAUUCAUGUGUAGCUUUUUUCACCCUUCUUCCCUAAUAAAUCACAUAACAGUAAAAUCUUUAGUUAAUUUUUAAAGGACCUUUAUUAUUAGCUGGCAACUGAAAUUCUCCUCUAAGAUGGGCAGAUGAUCACUAAUACAAGCAGAAGCUAUUCCUUCUAUUUUAGGGUACUAGGGUCGAGUAUAGCAAGUGAUGAAUAAAAUGUUUAAACCUCUCUCCAUAACCUACCACAUCCAUUCUGGUUCCUAUCACUUACACUGUUGCUCUUUGGUGUUCCCAGAUCCAAAAUGCCAGACUGGAGAGUCAGAUCAUUAUAUAUGUUAUAAAUCAUCUGUAGUAACUCCAGGUUUCUACCUGCACUAGAAGAAUAUUUAAAAGUUGAAACUAGCAUUUUACAAAAGUUCUUAUAAAGCUUACCACUGAAGUUGAAAAUUAAACAAAAAACACGAUCCAUUUGGUUAGCCAGUUGUAAGUUUGGCACCACCCUGCUAAUAGCUUUCUUUGCCUUUCCUAGUCCCAGGCUCUCUUCCUUCUCCUAACCUCACACCCUGAUCCUGAAGGGGACACAUGUGGGAUGAUGCUAUCUUCCAUUUUCUGACAAGCCAGUAGAGGAUGCUGCACUACAGAGUAACCGCCUAGUGCCCCUCCCUCCCUCACCCCCAGGCAAAGUACACUACCUCUGUCAUGUACAGGUUUUUGUUUGGGGUUUUUUUGCCUGUAUCCUGACGUGGAAGUUGUGUCAAAAUUGUCAACUUCAGGCCUGAGGUAUUUAAACAAAAUGAAGUUAAUACAACCCUUUUCAACUCCUUUGUAGUUUAGAUUUUAAAAUGGGAAGAAAAAAUGUGAUAUACUUUGGACCACUUUUUAAAAAAUUUAUAUAUAAGCCUUAACUUACAUUGUAUAUACACACACACACACACACACACACACACACACACCAGAGUGUUUUCAAUGUAAGAGAAGAAUGCUGUAGAAUUAAAAGAUGAGCUUGUAUAACAUUUUAUAGAAAAAAAAACACCAAUGUUUCUGUUUGUAUGAAAUUUUGCAAGAGAACCUCAUCGGACAUCUUUAUUUAAAGAUGUUUCACUUAAAGUAAUGCAUGUUUAAAAUGCAUGGGGAUUUUUUUUACCUUUGGUUUGGAAUAACAACUGGAAUCUAACCAUGUGUUACAUUGUCUGCAGACCUGUAGUACUGCAUUCUCUACUUUAUAUCAGUGUUACUAAGCCACCUUCACCAACCAUAGCCUUGUGUCAGCAUAUAUUUUUAUUCUUAUAAGCCAUUUUGCGCCUUUUAGUCAGACUAGUUUUCACUUAUGAUGUCAUGUUUUCCUACAUGUUAACCUCAUCAGAUUUUGAUCUUCCCUUUACUACUAAGUUUGUAAUAUCUAUAUACAUAUAUAUAGUACAUAUGCUGUCAAAAUAUAUAUGUAUAUAUUUAUAUAGCAUUUUUUUUACAUCUUCUUUGAGUAAUCUUAGUUUCAAAAGGGAGUGAGAGUUUGGUCUCUACAUUUUUCUCCAAGCCCAGCCCUGUAAAUUCCAACCUCUGAGCCUGAGCAAACCUUAAGAAGGUGAUAUUGAUUUGCUAUCUUUUGUGAACCAAGGAAUUUAGAUUAAACAUGAAUGAACAGUGACUUCUAAAGUGAAAAGAGUUUCAAACAUUCCAGGUGAAAUCCCGUUUCAUAACUUUUUAUUGUUAAGAGAAAAAAACACCUCCUAAUAUGAGGCUAAUAUUUGAUACAGUGGUAAACACUAAACUACCUUGAUUUUUUUUUGUUUGUUUUUAAAAAAGCAACUUAUAAAGAAUGCUCAUUUUCACAAUCAGAAUAGCUUUAAAGUACAGUUGAAUUUGAUACACAAUAGGGAAAGUUUUGUUCAAGAACAAAACCAUUUUUUCCAUUUAUUUUCUUAAGAGAAUUGAAGGGAAAUGUAGAUUGUUUGUUUUCCUGACAGCAAAAAAGAUCAAUGUGACACAAUGAAGUUGUUGUAAUGAAAUGAUGCAACUUGUCAAAUAUUUAAUAAAGAAUUAUGGAAGCUGAAA